AUGAAUCCGAAGCUGUUCUCGACGUACGUAAUCGACUGUGUCAUACUGUUUCUUUUAGUUCUGUUUGCAUUUGGAUACCAAACGGUUCGAAAUCAAGAGCGUGUUGAUGCUCAAUUUGAGUUAGCUGCUUCUCUCUUUGGCGCUAAGGACAAGUCUGCUGGAGCUGAGAAGAGCAUAAGUUCCGUGAAAGAUUUUUUUACAGUUUUCAAAGGUAUAAUUGAUGCUUAUUAUCACAUACCGGCUGCAGCAACUGGGACAUUCAUGCACUAUACGUAUGGGGUGGGCAAUUUCACACCGUUGGUCCCUGUUGUUGAAAUAACGUUUCACGACAGACCGCAGAACUCCCUCGCAAAGGUGCCGCUUGUCUUUUCCUUUGAUGUUCAAGCAAGCGAUGUACUAGGACCGUUCAUAAGUCCUCAAAGUUAUUAUUACCAGAAUGGCUUUUGUGGAGACGGAGUUACUAGCAGGUUGCGUUAUAUCCUAUGCCAAACCUCAUCCACACUGGAUGUGUUUGACAACGUCGACAAGGUUAAACUCUCAUUUCAGCUAUAUUCCAUGAGAAGGUCAGAUGACGGUAGGGUGCGCCCUGCGGAAUGGGACAUAGAGGUGAUGUUUGGUAUGGGUGGGUACGGCCCUGUUAUUACCAUGACCACUUCGUUCAGCAGUAUCGAGGAGCGUUUCCCGCAGCGUUUUCCCGUCAUGAUAAGUUGUGCGGUGGCACCUCUAGUACUGUUGAGCUUUUUGUUUCGCAUGGAUAGGAUCUCGCAGCUUGUAACAUACGUGAAAGUGGUGUUAACUACUUGCAGAAGGAGUCAGUGGUACGGAAGGUUGCGCCCCGAUAAUUCUGGUUUGAGAGGUCAGAGUUUUCUUCUGCUUGGUGUUUUUUCUGAUAUAGUUGCGUUGACGUUCAGUAUAACGUCACUUGUGAUUCAGUUUACCCCAAAAGUGAGCGGAACGACGGAGCAUGCGUUAACAGUCCUACUCGGGUUCGCGGCUUUCAUGCGCUCAACACAGUUGAUCUCUGUGCUGAAGCUCUCACCAAGUCUUUGCGUAGUGGUCGAUGGUUUUGUUACUGCUAGUGACCAACUUUUCAUGUAUGUCGUGGCGGUCUUCCCCAUUCUGCUUGGUUAUUCAGUGUGCGGUUUCAUUGUUUACGGAAGUUACCAGUCUUACUUCAAAACCGUUCCGUAUUCAAUUGUUACUCUCAUCUGUGCGGCGUUCGGGGAUAACCUGAUUGAUACAUUUGUGGACAUGGAUAGGGGAGCCUACGUUGUUCAAGUGCUCUUCACCCGUAUCUUUUUUGGUUCAUUUUUGGCGUUUUUUAUAUGUAAUGUGCUCAAUGUGGCAUACAGUAUCAUUCAGGAUUCGUACAAUCAAGCUAUCCGGAUGCACGGUGCGACAUCCAGUGGCACCACUGGUGCAAAUGGCAGUGGUACUCGUUUAACCGAAGAAUUGAGGGAAAUAUUGGGGAAGUUGAGGGGGUAG